UGGAGGUCACACACGGCAGGUAUUCCCUUUCGGCUCACGUUGUCAGUCCUCUCGCAGUCCUUGAUAAUGUGCCCGGUGUCGCCGUGUCGAGCGCGUGCCUCUGAUCCUCGCGGCAGAUCCAUCGUGUAGAUGAAUCGCAUGUGCAGAGAGGGAAGUUUACCUCCGGCGACCUGAGGACAGAGGCGGAUAAUUCCGCGGCGGUUUGCACGUUCGGCAUGAUGGUGUGAGGCCGCUGCAUGAGGCAGCCUGGACAAACAUGAUGGAGGAGGCUGCCAGCCAGCUCGAGAGAGACCAUGUGCACAGUGUCUAUGACAAGAUUGCUCCAUAUUUUAAUGACAGCCGCUAUAAAGCCUGGCCAAAGGUGCGACAGUUUCUGCUGGACCUGCAGCCGGGAAGCAUCGUCGCUGACAUUGGUUGUGGCAAUGGCAAGUACCUCCACAUCAACAAGGAGGUGUUCAAGCUGGGGUGUGACGUUUGUCGCCCCCUGGUGGACUUUGCCUGGAGCCAGGGACAUGAGGUCCAGAUGUGCGAUGGGCUGCAUUUGCCUUACAGAGACAGCUGCUUCGACGCUGUGCUCUCUAUUGCAGUCAUCCAUCAUUUGUCCACCAAAGAGCGCCGUAUUCGAGCAAUAAAGGAGAUGGCUCGCACGUUGCGUGUGGGUGGACGCAUCAUGAUUUAUGUGUGGGCCAUGGAGCAGAAACGUCGUAAAUUUGAGAAACAGGACAUUUUCGUUCCCUGGAACCCCAACCCUCAUUCGCCCUCUGGCUUCAAUAGAGAGCACGCCAAAACCAGAAGGAGGGCCACUGCACAGAGCAUGAGCGAAGCCAUAGACAACACUGACAAGCACAGGAAGGUUAGAAGCACAUCCUCUGUGGCAGACGAAGAAGACCUGACCUGCACCACGCCGCAGCAGAGGACUCAGAGACUGUGGUUCUUCUCUAGGUCUUUGGAUUCUGUGUUCGACUUUGGAAGUUUAGCCAUCUCCCGGUCGUCCUCCAGAGACCUGAGCACUUUAUCUUCACCCACGGGUGAAAACGAGGGGAACAGGGCCAGCCAGUGCGGGAGAGGACGAGGCCUCAUCAAGCAGGUCUCCAGCUUCUUUUCUCCUCCGCCUGUGAUCGGAUCAGAGGAGGACGUCUUUGACUCGGUCACAGAACUGCACAAGGGACAAAAUGAUCCUGGGGGCAACAACAACAACAGCAACGGCACAGAAAACCAGAGUGUCUCAGUAUCUUUAGCCCAGGAGUGUGGCUCUCUGGCCCUGCCAGAUCUGGUGCCUUUCCAGACGGAGCACAUGAAGCAGUCUGGAGAUGAAAGUGAAGGAGGGCCGCUGGUAAAAGAGCCGCAGGAAAGCACAGAGAGUCCUCAGGGGAGCGAGGGACAGGUGGAAGGCUCCUGCCUGAGGUACUAUCACGUCUUCAGGGAGGGAGAACUGGCAGAGCUGAUAGAGAAUCACGUUGCAGAGCUUCAUGUCAAACACACCUACUUUGAUCAUGCCAACUGGUGUGUGGUGGCAGAAAAAGUUCAGUUGUGGAAAAUAUGAUUUUUAACUUGUCUGAUUUUACUUUGCAUCAACUCUGCCUCAAGUUUUAGCACUGAAACACACAUUUGAUGAUUUUUACAUUCUUGUAAGUGUGCAAAGGUACAGAUGUAGCCAUUGUUGAAGGUACACUAAACACUAAAGGAAACCACUCCACUGCUGCAGCUCUCUCCUGAACUGUUUGGAAAAUGUAAUUUUUUAUUAUCGCCGUCAGCAGCAGCUGACAGACUUAUCCAUAUCUAGCAUUAAUUUAAAUGGCAUUUCUGUAAUGUUUUCGCACAGGAAGGCAGUGUUCAACAAUGGCUAUCACUGUUAACCAUGUUUCCAUGUUUUUAAAGUAUUUAUUUUAUUUCAAUCCAUGAAACCAACAAGCAGUAUCCAGAAAUCCAGUGUGUGUGUUUCGUUUUGGUUUCAACAAUUAGGUUUUAUCAUCAAAACACAGGAAGCUCCAGGAUUUUAACUCUUUUUAAAGAGCAUUUCUGCAAGAGAGAUGUUAAGAAAUGCACUGUUUUUCUCUUUGGACUAUUAUACUAGCCAAAGGGGAAUUUCUGAGACUAUAGUAUGCUCUUCCAUCUGCUCUUAUCCGUUUCAAUGCUUUGAUUUCAGUGAAAAAAAUUCUUACUUUACUCUUUGUUGUCUGCCUGUUUUUAUAACUGCACGUUCCUUAACUCUGAAUUCAAAGAGCUAAACUAGCAGCGAGUGCUCUGUACUUUUUGGUGGGACUUUCUGUAAACUGCUCAUGUGUAAUUUAUUAUAAACACUAUAUUAUAAAAAGAGCUCAAAGUUGUGCAGAAUAUCUUCCAAAGCAUAUGUGCCAUUUGCUUGUUACGUUUCAUUCUCAAAGUGUUUCUAAGAACGUGCCGCCGGUGUGCGUGCUUGAUGUUGAUACUUGUAGUAGCUGUGUCGUCGUCUCGUAACAAGCUGAAUAUAUACCACUAGUAUGUUUCGGCAAAUCAACUGCCUCAUAUACUGUGAAUAAACAUUGCACUGUACCACAAAGAUGUCGCUGCUUGAUGUCAGUGAAUGACAACUGUAGGUGAAACUUGAAAACAUACUGGUUAUCUGAAUCCAUUGUGCCAAGGACGGUGCACAUCUUUAUCAGUACAGUAUGUGUGGACCAACUGUGUUUGUUCUGAAGUGACACUGGUACUUUAAUGUCUUAUGUGACCUGAUGU